GGCGCGCUGAUAGAAAAUACUAAUAAAGAUAUCCGUUUUACAGCCAACGAGAGCAAAGAUUCACGUUGCUAAUAUAAAAUAGUAAGUGUUAAUUGGUUACUGACAACAUAUCACUUAAUUAACAGACUUAGGAAGACAUUCAACAGUUUAAAAGGUAAAAUGGCGGAAAGAAAAGCAGUGAUUAAGAACGCGGACAUGUCAGAAGAGACGCAACAAGAUGCCGUUGACUGUGCUACACAGGCACUUGAAAAGUUUAACAUUGAGAAGGACAUUGCUGCUUAUAUCAAGAAAGAGUUUGACAAAAAGUACAACCCAACAUGGCAUUGCAUUGUGGGAAGAAACUUCGGCAGCUACGUCACUCAUGAAACCAAGCAUUUUAUUUACUUCUACCUGGGACAGGUUGCUAUUCUUCUGUUCAAGUCUGGUUAAACUUUCGGUUGAACUAACAUUUAAAUACAAAUGUAUAUGGUUGAUUUGGAUGGGUUAACACUGCCCAAUAAAAAACAUGAAUGACUUUUUA